GGUGAGCACUGAUCCUUUCAUUGCUACAUUCCAGUGAGGCAGAAACUGCUGCAGCAGAACGGGAAAUAUAUGACUGGUUCCAACCAUGCAGGUUAUCAACCAUGGUUGUAAAAGAAAAGAUUAAAAAGACCUACGGCCCACAUGUUGGGAUGAGCACGGCAUAUGCCAGCGAACCAGACUUUACCUCUGAAGAUAAGGCUACACAAACCAACUUUGAUAGCCCAAGAGAUGGUAUGACCCAGGAAAAGGCAACAAAUCCAUAUACACCCCAGAUGUUUGUGCCGAGUAAGAAAAAAUACUGUGUGCUGAAAACAGAAACACAAAUUCGAGAGAAAGUCUCUGCUGCCAAGCCAGUGCCAGAACCUGGGGACUUUCUCGUGAAGGAAAAGGAGAAGAAAGGUCAUCAUGUUAUCUCGCCGCCGCCGGAAAAUGAAAACCUUAAUCAGAUACCUGAAGGAGCUGAUGCAGAGUCCACCGUGACGGGUCAGAUACUUUUAGCCAUUGCUAGCCUGAGGGACACAGAAAAAAAUAGCACCCAGGCAGCUUCAGCUAUGCUGAAUUCAAUCUUGAAAAAAGAGAGGAACAAACUGAGGGGAAAGGUGCCAGAAAUCAUUGAUAUUAUUUAUUUCCACCUGCGAGCUAUCCAGGAACCUAGUGCAAGAGAAGUUGCCAUAGGGGCUGUGUGCCUCCUGGCUGAAAAACACACAGAAGAAACUGUUUCAAGCCUUCUGAAACUCUCAUUGCUUUGUGACAGGCAUAUCACUCAAAUCUGGGAAGCCUUGGGCCAAGCUAAACAGCCUGUAAGACUCCAGGUUCUUGCCAAGCUUCUCGAAGUGCUGAAAAGGAAACCUUGCCUUAGCGGAGAACGCCCGGGAUCAGAUGGAAAGUUCACAGACAACUCCUCCCUUCUACCUCUAGCCGCAACAAAGGCCCUAUGCAUAAUAUUUAGGGAUAAAAAGUGCAAAAUCCCUAUGAACAGCUAUUACGUAUCUGUGAUCAUCUUCCUAGUUAUUCAGCUGCACUACUUGAUGAAUUGUACAGAUUCCGAACCUGGACAAGAGGACAUAAUCAGAACAUCAAACUACAUAAGCUGCGCCAUGGAUGCUUUAAAAGCCUUGGUGAAAAGGCAGAAGGCUCCUCAGGCGUGUUUUACGAGUCUAACAGGAAGCUGGGACCUUUUGGCUUCACCAGAGAACUACCUUGAAGGAGUUCUCCUUCUGGCCAGAGCCCUUGUCAAACAUCAUCAUGGGCUUGACUAUGCGGUAUUUACCAAGGUGAUUCCUCUUCUCCAUCAUGGGGAUGACCAACAGAAGCUGACGGCAAUGGCCUUUUUCACUGCACUUCUCUCGUCUGAAUCCACCUACACGGUGCUACAAAAACAUUACAUCCUGGGCCUGUUGAAGAACUGGCAGGCUGAUUCAUGUCCAACCUACCGCUGGCUCAGUCUCCAUGGAAUGGGCAAUGUGGCGCGUCACCUGCAAAACAAGAAAGAGCUCUCCAACCUGCUCCUGGGUAUACUUCCAAGUUUUAACGACACUGAUGAGAAGGUGAUUUUGACAGCUAUGGAGGUCACAAACAAGAUCGUAACACUCCACAAAAACAAUAUAAACAUGAACAUAUUUGUGAAGAUCGUCAAACAGCUUCAGCCUUUCUUGGCCGACGGGAGACCCAAAAUAACCUGUGCGGCAAACAGGCUGUUUCAAGACAUGAUUAAGAACCUGGACGUGAAAGAAAAAGCCGCUUUGCAGGACCAGGUUCUCAACAGUAUUGUCACGUUGCUACUGAACCUCCAAGAUCCACAUCUGAAUGCGGCUAAGAGUCGUAGAGACAGCUUAAAAGAGUGCAAAGUCUUCUUGGGAUGGACUGCAAAUGACAACCAGGACUCUUGGAGCAUGAUUUGCAAGCACCUUGUUAAGGAACAUCCAGGAAAACUACGGAACUUUCUGGACCAGGCGCAAGACUAUACUCAAAGCCCACAAAUGUAUACAAGAAAUGCAGCCACCAUGUUUAUAGAUUCUAUCUUGGAGCACUUAGAUUCCAGUCCUCUACAAAAGUCAGAAGUGGACUUCCUGAGGCAAGCUUUCAGCUCUUUCCCAUCAGAAGCACAGCGCCCUGUCCCGGUUGUUCCAGAACCAGAAAAAGUACGCAGGUACUGCGCAGACCUGUUCAGAUGUUCCCGCUAUUUCCCAAGAUCUUGUAUUUGACGCCUGUAUCCGAAGUUAAUAUCCAUCUGAAUAAAGAGCACUGUAUGAAAUUUCACGGUGAAGGCUUAUUGUGGCGUUCCUCUCUGAGGUUAGGUAGUUUUUGCUGCUAGAAUUGGAUAGGAAAGUAGCUUUCUUAAGGAGAGGUGGAUCAAUCGAUGUCCUUCCUUUGGCAUUAUCAUAAUGUAAAAGCAGAGUGUUUUCUAGGCAGUAAUCAAAACCCUCCUUAAGAUGGAAGUGUAUGAAACCUCCUUCCAGCAGCUUGCUUGCUGCCCACAGCUGCCUGCACUCCCAUUGAUUCAAGUAUCUGCUCAUUCAGUUCAAAAAUAUGAAGCAGCCAUUACUAGGAAUGUUUAAGGGGCAACAUAAUAGGCUUAACAAAAUGUGGCAGGGAGAGGGAGAGGGGGAGAGAGCUCACAACUGAGUUUUGCAUGUUCAUGGACCUCUGAAAGAUCUGUUAUUCAAAGGGGAAAUGUCAUAUGACCAUUAUGCAGCCUUAGCAUUUUAAAAUGUGAAGCAGACUUGGGAGCUUUUAAUUUUGAAUGGAGGGAUGGGUGUGCAAACGUGCCCAGAACCAGCCCUACCAUUAGGCAGAUGAUGAAGGGGCAGGAAACAGCAGUUGGGGUCUGAUGUUUUAUUAUGUUUCUGUAUAUGCUGGAAACCACCCAGAGUGGCUGGGGCAACCCAGGCAAAUGGGUGGGGUACAAAUUAUAAAAUUAUUGCUACUAUUAAUAUUAUAAGUGCACAGGCAGAAUUGUGUGUGCCAUGCAGACAGUCCUGUGCCCCUUAAACCAGGGACGGGGAACCUCAGGCCCAGGGUGGCUUGAUGUGGACAUCCAGGUCUCUCUCUCAGGCCAUUGGGACAUUUUCCAGACCACACUCUCUUCCCAGCCAUACCCUGCUUCAGUGUGUGUAUACACCCCAUUGCAGGGGUGCCAUCUAGGAGGGGCCAAGGGCCCCCAAAGUUUCAAGAAGGCGGCCAGGCCUUCUCAAUUAAUCUGCGGCCUGCAGUAGGCCUCAUGGCCUCCUCCCGAUGUGUGAUGUCAGACAUGCACCCCAUGUGUGUGAUGGCACACGCGUGUGUCGGGCCUCUCCAAAGUUGGGCGGAACCCAGCACCUGUGCACCACUGUGAGUACAAAAGUAACAUUUAUCAUCAUCGCUCCAUCUACUUUUGCCUUUGGUCCUACUCACCACUGGCAUGUGUGUGUCCCACACCACUACCACCGAAGGUUUCCCACAAUAAAAUGCAGUUCUCAUGUUGAAAAAAGUUUCCUCUCCUUUGUCCUAAACAAACUGUCUGACCUCUGGUGAGGUGGAAGAAGCUGUCCUAAAAGUAAGAUCAAACAGCCAGUUCAGUUGGCUUCAUCUGUAGGGCUGCAGCGCCAUGUUAGC